GUUGUGAGAGGAGGUUCCAAUCCCACACAGAGCUGCAGCCAACCCAGUGAAGAGCGGCGAUCAGCUCGAACAGCAGCUCGUCAUCCACCGGUUCACACGCGCUCGGCGAUGCCCAAGCGCCCGAAACGACUUGCCCGCGCGCCUUACGGGAACCUUAUGUUGAAGACGCAUACAAUGAAGAAGCUCUAAAUGUGACGAACCGAUUUAAAGUAGAGACGCCGUAGGCUACUUGUUUUUUCUUUUUAAGUUGGCUAGACUAUGGUUGUUUAGCUUGUGUUCGCACAACAUGGAGUAUUGGAGGCAAUGCGCGCUCUGGCUUAUCAGUUGCAAAGUGCUCCCGGUGAACCACCGAGUGACGGCGGACACCGCUCAGGUCUUCGACCUGGCCCAGACCCUUCGGGACGGGGUCUUGCUCUGCCAACUUCUGAACAACCUGAAACCGCAAACUAUCAACCUGAAGGAAAUCAACCUAAGACCGCAAAUGUCACAGUUCAUGUGUUUGAAGAACAUCCGAACCUUCCUGACAUCGUGCUGUGAGGCAUUCGGGAUGAAGAAAUGUGACCUGUUUGAGGCUUUUGACCUCUUCGACGUGCGGGACUUUGGAAAGGUGAUGGACUCCCUCUCCAAGAUCUCUUACACAACGAUCGCACAGCAAGGUGGAUUUAAACCCUUCCCCACAGAGGUGUGCCUCAACGAAGAGGACAUCUACAACAACUUGGAGGAUCUGCUUGAUGAGAACACCCCUGAGGAUGAGGAAGAGCAGUAUGCAGCUGUCUACAGGCUAGAGGAAGACUACGAUGGCGGAGACAUCUACGAAGAUCUCAUGAGGACCGAACAGCAAGCGCCCAUGCAACAGCCACAGCAGCCGGAGCAGGAUGUUAGGAGCUGCUGUCUGUCGGAGAUCAAACAGACAGAGGAGAAAUACACUGAGACCCUGGAGUCAAUAGAAAAGUAUUUCCUGAACCCCCUCAAGAAAUUCUUCUCAGCGGCAGAAAUCAACAAGGUUUUCCUGAAUAUCCCAGACCUGGUGAAAGUUCAUAAGAGCCUGAUGGUCGACGUGCAAGACUCCAUUCUGAAUAGGAACUCUUUAAACCUCUACCAGAUCUUUAUCACCUACAAGGAGAGAUUACUGAUCUACGGAAUCUACUGCAGUCAGGUGGAGAUUGCCAUUGCCGUGCUGGACCUCAUCUGCAAGGAGAAAGAGGACGUCCGUCUCAAGCUAGAGGAGUGUGCCAAGAGGGCUAACAAUGGCAAGUUUACCCUGCGGGAUCUGCUGGUCGUCCCCAUGCAGAGAGUCCUCAAGUACCAUCUACUGCUGCAGGAGCUGGUGAAACACACUCACGACACCGCAGACAAGAGCAACUUGAGGAUGGCCCUCGACGCCAUGAAAGACCUGGCCCAGUAUGUCAACGAGGUUAAGAGGGACAAUGAGACACUGAGAGAGAUCGACCAAUACCAGAGGUCCAUCGAAAACUUGAACCAGCCUCUCAUCAACUACGGCCGACCCAAGGGCGACGGAGAAGUACGCAUCGUCUCAAACUUCGACAAGAGGAAACAAGACAGGCACAUCUUUCUCUUCGACUUGGCCGUCGUCGUGUGCAAGCGUCGGGGAGACAACUACGAUUUGAAGGACGUGCUGUACCUCAACUUCUACAAGAUCACCAACAACCCCACCUCCGACAGAGAAGGUAAAAAGUGGUGCUACGGCUUCUACCUGACCCACAACCAGGGGCACACGGGCUUCGAGCUGUUCUUCAAGACCAUGGAGCUGAAGAAGAAGUGGUUGGACCAGUUUGAGAUGGCCGUAUCAAACAUUCGACCAGAUAAUGCUAACAGCAACAGCCACCAGUUCAAGAUGCACACAUUCGAGAGGAUCACUUCGUGCAGCUUCUGCCAUCUCCUGCUCAGGGGUAUAUUUAACCAGGGCUACCUCUGUAACAAGUGUGGCCUGGGCGCCCAUAAGGAGUGCCUCGGGCGUCUGGUCAUGUGUGGGAGACCAGCGGACAGAGUGGCAGUCGGGGGCUGGUUCAGCUACGUUAGCCCUCUGUGGCUGGGCAGACAGCUAAAGUCACCGGGCCAUGACAGCGGUGUGGAGUGGUGGUGGUGGUGGGGGUGGGGGUGGUGGGGCAGGAGGGGGAGGACGGCCCCCACCAUCUCGGGGGGGGGGGGGGGGGGGGGGCAGCACAGGGCCUUCUUUGUGCAUUCCGGAGGCGUGACGAGGCAGGGCCCCGGGUGGAGGUUGGACGGUCCGACAGUUGAGGUUGCGUGUCAGGGAGCUGCUGUUCUGUUUCUCCCGCUCCUCACCUUGUCUGUCUCCCGCCUGGUUGCAGAUACGGCCGCGCCAAGGCAGCAGAGAGUUUUAACGGCACGGAGGCAAGCCAUCCCAGGAUUACCCAGGAUGCUGGUGAUCAGAGACUACUGCGGUGUCCCCCAGCCUGAGCAGGGCUCCCCGCUGUGCAUGCAGGCCGGCGACGUUGUCGAGCUGAUUUCUGCCAACCCGCACAUCUCCUGGUGGCAGGGGAAAAUCCUCGGGACGGGCCUGACUGGCUUCUUCCCAAGCAACUCGGUCCGGCCGUGUCCGUGCGUUCCAAAACCCGUCGAUUACUCAGCCCAGCCCUGGUUUGCAGGGCCAAUGGAAAGAUCCCAGGCUGAAGUGGAGCUGCUUAACUGUGAGAACAGCACCUUCCUGGUCCGACACAGGACUAAAGAGAGCGCUGAGUACGCCAUCAGCAUCAAGUUCAACGAUGAAGUCAAGCACAUUAAGAUCCUGACCAAGGAGGGCUGGUUCUACAUCGCCGAGACUCGCCUGUUCAAGUCCCUGCUGGAUCUGGUGGAGUACUACAAGGACCACUCUCUGAGGGAGGGCUUCAGGAGCCUGGACACCACCCUGCAGGUGCCCUACCGGAGGCUGACCAAUGGGGACGCGGCCAGGCCCCUCCCCGGUGGGUCCCCUGAGGCUCUUUCGCGCGUGAGUAACGUCUUCUCCCCCAGGGUGGUGAGCACGGCGGUGGCCCGCUACGACUUCAGCUCCAGGGACACCCGCGAGCUGUCCCUGGCGGAGGGCGACGUGGUGAAGAUCUACUUCAAGAUGUCCAACGGUUGGUGGAGAGGGGACGUCGACGGCCGGGUGGGCUGGUUCCCUUCGACCUACGUUGAAGAGGAGGAAUGAACCCGUCGUUUUCUCCCUCGACCUCGUCUCCUCGCCCUGUUACCGUGUGUGGCCGCUGAUGGGGCCCCCCCGCCGCCCCGGGGCCACUCAGAGAGCACUCUGCCUUCCAAACGGACCGACACAGCGGUGGUGGCCCCCGAUAUCUCCGGCCAUACCUUAUGACCCGACUGGAUCUUCCUUCCAGUCCCGAGUGGGAUUCUGAGAUGGCAGUGGUGUACCCUGGUGUACCCUGGUGCAACGAAGAGGGCAUGCGCCUUACCCUGGACAACACCACCCCCGCUCACACGCCUACACCUGGAUCUCCCUGCCGCAGUCCAGGCCAUUUCCCCAGUACCGCACCCCCCCACCUCACAUGCGCCUCAGCCCAGCCCAGUCAAGUCGCUGCAUGAAUAUUUCAGGAGCAUGGCUCGCGCCUGUCCAGCAGUGCCCUGUGAGGCUGAUUUACUCCAACACGGAGAGGAAAGGUAUAGCUCCACCCCCCACCUGAAUCUGGCUGACCUUAAACAAAGCGCGUCAAUCCGAGCUUGUAUUAUUUGUAUUAUUAUAUAUGUAUUAUAUAUUAAUAUUAAUAUUAUUACUAUGAGUGGAUGUGUGCAUAUGGACUAGCCGUUGACCCACAUGUCGGUGCAGGCAGCAGUUCUGCCCCGGCAGGCAGGGAACAGACUCCAGGAACAGUCCCUAGGCUGCUUGUCUCUCCCCUCUCUCUCCCCUGCGGGGUUAAGGAUGUAAUAGCAAUGCAGGAGCAUCACCCAUUAUUUAUUACGGUACACGGUCUCAUUGUCAUUUUCCGUGAUAUUCACAGUUGGGCUUUUGUGCUUAUCUUAUAAACUGGUCGGUUUGGGGGGUAUUUUAUA